UUUAUUUUGUGUGAGUGGAGAACUUACAAAUCCCCCUUGCAGCGCACACAAACAAAUAAAAAGGGGGAAAAAAUAAAGAAAAAAUAAAAAGGAGACAUAAUAAUCUCAUAUCAAAUCCAUAGGAAUUGUGGCAUUCAAAGCUCCACUCGUCUCUCUUUUGCAAUCAAAAUUCCACCACAAAGCCCAAACUCCUCCUCCUGAUUUUUCUUUUUUGCAGUUUAUUUUAAAUUUAAUUCGUACUGAUUUCGGAGUCUUAUAUAUCUUCUUCUGAUUCAAGUGCACCUUCUCAAAUGAAAUAUAUACGGAAAUCUCUACGUACGAACCCAGCAGAUGGAGGGCAAUGAUAAUACUACUCAAAAGGUAUCCGAGAUUUCCAUGCCACUUGAUUACUACAAAGUAUUAGAGGUUGAUUAUGAUGCAUCUGAGGAGAAGAUCCGAUUAAAUUACCGAAGGCUUGCACUGAAGUGGCAUCCAGACAAGCAGAAGGGUGACAGUGCUGUUACAACAAAGUUCCAAGAGAUAAAUGAAGCUUAUAAAGUUUUGAGUGAUCCUGCUAAACGACUUGACUAUGAUCUAACCGGAAUCUACGAGAUUGAUAAGUAUUCUCUGCGGGAAUAUCUUGCCAGAUUUAAAGGAAUGAUACUUACCUGCAAUGGGCUUGGUAUUAGUCAUAUGCCAAUACGUUCUUUUCGUUGUCAAGAAUCAGGAUAUCAUAACACAGACUACACAGUUCACUCUUGCUUCAUUUCUCCUCAGAACUGCAGGACGCAGAAAUGCAAGCCUAUUGAGCUGAUCCUUUUCGAGACGCAGCAACUGAUGGAAACCAAUGACUUAACAGAUAAAUAAGAGUUACUAUAUUAAAUCAAAGCUGAAUAGAGUUAUCAAUAUGAAUACCCGGCUCCCACAUGCAUAAUACUUGAAAAUGGAGGAUCUGGUCCAGUUUGUAAUGUUAGAUCAAUAUGGAUCAAAAUGAGGGGUGUAAAAUGAUUACUCAUGAUAUAAAAUCUUUUUCACGUUGAUGUGAGAUACAUGUUGGAUGUUGCUAAAUGACGGGUUGAGAUCUUUUGUAUCAUCACAUUCAAUUUGUAGUUUGUACUUCC